UUAGUGCCUUGUGCUCUUGUCAAUAAACAGUUUCCAUUAAGCUACGCAGAACAAUUAUUUUACACAUUAAAAUUGUUCGACCAGCACGUCAAAGAUGCGUUUUAGUUCAUCAUUAUUAUGGUUUCCAUCAUUUCUACUGAUUAUCCCAGUAAUGACAAAAAAACGUGAAACUGAGUGGCAACCAAAUUCAAUAACAUCGGAUUAUCAACCGGGUUCAGGAACAAUAGGAGGAAGUGGUAGUGAUAAUAAUAAUACAGUAACAAAUAUCACUGUACAAUUAGGUGCUUCAGCAUUUUUACAUUGUCAUGUAAUGCGCCAAGCGGAUCGUGCUAUAUUGAGUGGCGCUGAGCAAGUGUCAUGGGUGAGACGAAGAGAUUGGCAUAUUUUAUCGUCUGGAAUGUUUGUCUAUACAAAUGAUGAACGUUUUCAAGUAUUACACGCUGAAGGCAGUGACGAUUGGACUUUACAAAUUAAAUAUGUACAAAAACGAGAUAAUGGAACAUACGAAUGUCAGAUUGCAACUGGAUCCGGCAUCUUAUCGCAUUUUGUAAACUUAAACAUUGUAAUACCAGAAGCAUAUAUUUUGGGUUCUGGUGAACAUCAUGUGGAUGUUGGGAGCGUUAUACGACUGGUGUGUAUCAUUGAAAAUAGUCCAACACCACCUCAAUAUGUAUUUUGGUAUCAUAAUGAUCAUAUGAUUAAUUAUGAUGUAGCACGUGGUGGUAUCAGUGUAGAAACAGAUCCUGGUCUACAAACACAAUCACGUUUAACCAUUAGGGAUGCAAGAGAUUCAGAUUCUGGGAAUUAUACAUGUAGUGCAUCAAACACAGAACCAGCAUCAAUACAUGUAUUUGUAUCAGAAGGUGAUAAAAUGGCAGCAAUAUUAAGAAGAAAAUCAUCAAAUGGAAAACAAAAUAAUUCAUCAACAGCAACAACGGUUCUUCCAAAUAAUAAUCAAAUCAAUAUGAUAUCAACAAAACUUAAACCAAAAUUUUAUAUACCAAAAUAUAUGUUGGACUUGUAUGAAGAAUCCAGAAUUAUACCACAAAAUGAAAUUCUAUUGAAAAAUCAUCCAGAUAUUGUAAAAAGUAUUAUUCCAACAAAUGCAGUAUCUUUUACUAAUAUCAGCUUUCCAAAUUUCAAUAAUGAAAAGAGUCAUUUAUUAAUAUUUGAUGUUCCUGUAACCAAUGUUGAUGAAAUAUUUUUAGCAGCUGAAUUAAGAAUCUUAUCAAUUAUUCAACAUCAUCCAAAUUCGUUUUUAGGUAUUGAACGUUUGAUUCACGUAUCAUUUUAUGAUUCUAUUGAAGAAAAUAUCAUUCAUUUAGAUAAGAAACAUAUCUAUCACACAAAUAAUACAUGGAUAUCAUUUAAUUUAACUGAAGCUAUUCGUCAUAUUUUAAUAACAAACUACAAUAAUACAACUGCUACCCAACAAUUACGUAUUGUUAUAACAAUUGAAUCAAUAGCUGCAAACAUUAAUAAUAAUGAAGCAUUUAAUUUAUCAUUAUUACCAUCUGCUGAUAAAUAUCACUAUGAUGAACAUGAUUAUCCAUUAUUAGUAUUAUCAUAUGCAAGUAAAGCACAUCAUCAUACUGAUACGAGUACUAAUGCUGAUCAACAAAAACGUGGUUAUCAAUAUCAACGACAACGUGAUAAACGUGAAACUGAUUUUAUAGAAGACGAAUAUGAAGAGGAAACAAAUCAUUUAUGGAAUGAUCAACAAUCAAAUAAUGGUGGUGGUGGUGGUGGUGGUAUGAAACCAGCACAAUUCAAACGUAUGCGUCGUUUACGUAACACAUGUAAACGACAAUCAUUGUAUAUUAACUUUGCUGAUAUCAAUUAUGAUAGUUGGAUCAUUCAACCUACAGGAUACGAAGCAUAUCAAUGUUCUGGCAAAUGUUUUUAUCCAGUUGCUGACCAUUUAUCUCCAACAAAGCAUGCGAUAAUACAAGCAUUAUUGCAUAGUGUACAUCCACGUAAAACUCCAAGAACAUGUUGUGUGCCUACAAAAUUGGGUCCAAUUAGUGUUCUUUAUGUGGAUUCAAAUGGAAUUUUCACCUACAGAUAUGCUUAUCAAGAAAUGGUUGUUUUAGAUUGUGGAUGUCGUUAA